AGGACGCACCACCAGUGUUGUGUUGUCCGUUGUACCGAGAGGAGCUAGUGCCUUUAACUUGUGACGCUUACUUGAGUCGCACGUCACGUAAUCUUAUGUAACAUGAACUUUCCAAUCGUUUUGAAAAUAUAGGAAGACUGGAGAGCAUUCGUGAGAAGUUAAACGUUGGACAGAAACUUUUCAUUGGUAUAAUUAAACUAUAAAGCUAAUCAGUCAUUUGGAUUAGCGGCGUCACCAGCGUAGGACAGUUCGCUGCCUGUCACCACGGAACCUCAAGUCAACAUGCCUCCGGUCAUCCAGGACUCCUCCAUCUCCCUCUCGUCCAUCACGGAAGAAGAGGAAGUGGAGACGCAGGAGGCCUUGCUGGUGAUGGCAAAGCUACAGAGUGUGCUGCGUCGCGGGGUGGAGCGCUAUCUCACAUGUCAUGCCGUCAUGUUGCCUCGCCCUACUCUACUGAAGGCUGCGCAUGACGUGCUGAGGCUGUGUGCUCAACGACCCAACGGCCUUCGCGGUGCUGUUGUCGACCUUUACCUUAGGGACAACGAUACGUGCAAAAGGCUGGCUCAAGUGGUGGCUGAUCCUCGAGUAGAUGCCAAGACGCUCAUCAAGCUCACCCUGCAUCGGGAUCCUUCCUCAUCCGAUCCCGGAGUGUUGAAUCUACUCUCUGGGUACACGAUGGAGCGAUGUUGCCGCCCGUGAUGCCUCGACGAAAAUGUGCUCAGCAGCUGAGUCGCUGCAAGGCGGAAGGGACCACGUCGACCACUUUCAGGUGGUGUAGUAACGGUGGUCUUUGGUAAAUGCCUAGUGCGGAAUUGUAUGACUUGAUAACGUUUCCUGGAAUGUCUUGUGUGAGGUAGGCACUUUAUUCGGCAGGAGGCCCAUGGUAGGGCUAAGGGCUAUGGCCAGGUCACAGCUGGACGGCCAUCCUGAAAAUCUCAGUCUAUGCAAUUUUGCUUCGAAACAUCAGUUUGUUACAGCAUUUAUCCCAGAUAAAUUUCGUAAGGUAUGAGCCAACCGUUUGUCGUUACCACCGGUAUACUUGUCAGCUACCAGGCUGAUGAGGUGCAGGAACUGGCCUCUCAUCAGGCACCCUUUACGUGCACUGUAAGACCAAGACUCGUGUGAUGCCUAAGAGAGAAAGAAACUGGUGCCUGAGUGGAUGAAGGGCUACUGCGGAGAAAUAUAAGGGUAUGUCUGCUGUUUGGGGAUAGAUUUAUCAGGGUUUAUGUACUGGGCUUCCGUCCUCAUUGUUCUUUUCUUCAUUUAUAAAGCUGUGGUACCUAAAGAACUUAAGGGUAAUGGUAACACGUUGCAUUGUGCCAAGCAGUGUCUUCACUCUAUCUUGUUUAUAUGCCAGUUUCGGUAACAUGGUAAGGCAUUUAUGUAGAAAAAAUUUUUGGAAAGAAAGAUGUUGCUACUCUACAUGUACUUACAAUGUCACUACUCUCACCCGUCAUUACUUUCAUUACUCACUGUAUAAUACACCAUGUCACUCAUCUCAUCACGAAUGUGUAUAAUGCAUACAUACAAUAUAUAUAUAUAUAUAUAUAUAUAUAUAUAUAUAUAUAUAUAUAUAUAUAUAUAUAUAUAUAUAUAUAUAUAUAUAUAUAUAUAUAAUUCAUAGCAUGCUUUUCCAUAUACAUGCAUAUGUAAAUAAGUCAUAGACGUCUUCCAUCUCUAGACGUCUUCCAUCCCUUCUGAAUGCUACAACCGAACAGGAGGCGAGCAUGGGAACAUAACAUCCCCUCUCCAAUCGAGCAGUAAGUUUGAAGUGCCACCAAGUGUGUUUUAACUCAUCCAGUGCCAGGUUAACAUGGCCUGAUAUUCCUUUGUAAAGUGGAGAGGGGCUGCAUUGUGUCGUGUGCAGUAUAGUCAUAGUCGAAAUAGAUGUUUACACUCCCACUGUUUUGCCAUUUUCCUCGUCUCCUUAUCUGCUGACAAACUCAUUACAAAACCUUAAUGUAGAUAAAUUCUCAGCAGGUCAGAGGACUUAGGACCGAGUGAAAACUAAACACAGUAGAAAUGAGUGGUACACUAUUAUAUAACUUGCGACUAUGACUAUACCCGUAAUGUUGAGUUAACGGGCUGAAGCAUUGUAAACUUGUCCUAAUCAAGUCUUUGACCCAGGGAUUUAUAUUUGUAUAUUUUGUAACUUUAAAUAAAUUGUAGAAAAUAA